AAAAUAUUUCUUACUUAGCAACAAAAAAAAAAAGUAAACAAACAAAAGCCACAUGAAAAAAGUGACGAUAAUUGGAGCAGUAUCAUUUGUUAUUUUGAUAAUAAUUAUUAAUUUUAUUAAUCAAUUUUAUGAAGAUAAAAAUAUGCAAAAUAAUAUUGGUCUAGAUUUUGAGGUAUUUGGAAGAGUACAAGGUGUAUUUUUUCGUAAGUAUACACAAAAAAAAGCUGAAGAAUUAUUUAUAAAAGGCUGGUGUAUGAACACAAAAGAAGGAAGUGUCGUUGGUAGACUUGAAGGUGAUAAACAAAAAAUUGAAGAAAUGAAAGAGUGGCUAAGAGUUACAGGAAGUCCUCAGUCAUCAAUUGUUGAUGUCAAAUUUAAAAAUGAACAAAUAAUUGACAAAAUUAAUUAUCCCAAUUUUGCAAUUAAAAAAUAAAUUCAAUUACUUCAAUUAAAAAA